UGCUAGCAAAACUGAGAGUAUAAUCAUGAAGAAAUUAUCUCACUUGUAUUUUGCCCUUGGACUCUUCUUGCUAGGUUCUUUCUUAUCUUGCUUAGCCAUGACCACCCCCAACAUUACCACGGAUCAAUCAGCCCUUCUCUCAUUGAAAGCCAAAAUCACUGGGGAUCCUCACGAAAUCUUGGCAAGCAACUGGUCGGCUACUUCCUCAGUUUGUGACUGGAGAGGAGUCACUUGCGGCUCUCGCCACCGCAGAGUCACUGCCUUGAAUAUCUCCAACUUGGGCCUUACCGGCACCAUUCCUCCACAACUGGGCAAUCUUUCCUUUCUCAUGUCCCUCGAUAUGAGCAGGAACAACUUUUACGGAGAACUUCCCCACGAACUGAUUUGUUUGCGCAGGUUACGAGUCCUUGGUUUAGGCAUUAACAUGCUUAGCGGAAGUAUUCCCUCUUGGGUUGGUUCCUUCCAACAACUCCGACACUUUUCUCUAAAGAACAAUAGCUUUACAGGCUUUAUCCCACCUUCUAUCUCCAACAUGUCAAAGCUAGAGACGUUCAAUCUGCAGUUUAAUUCUCUACAAGGAGCAAUUCCAAUGGAGAUUGGGAAAUUAAACAAGUUGAAGCAAAUAGUCCUGGACUAUAAUCAGCUUUCCGGUUUUCUGCCACUGGGGAUGUUCAAUAUUUCCUCGCUGGAAGUUAUUGCUCUUCAAAAUAAUAGCUUAUCUGGCAGUCUUCCAUCCAGCAUAUGUCCCCGUCUUCAAGGACUCACAUGGCUUGACCUUAGCCUCAACAAAUUAAGUGGUGCGAUACCACCAUCGUUAUCGGAAUGUUCGAAGCUUCAGGUACUGAGGUUGGGUGGCAACAACUUUAGUGGAGUGAUGCCGGAAGAAGUUGGGAACUUGACGGCACUCCAGGAACUAUAUCUUGGUGAGAACAAUUUGAUUGGAGUAAUACCGGAAGGAUUUGGGAACUUGACGGCGCUCAAGCGACUAUAUCUUAACGAGAACAAUUUGAUUGGUAGCAUUCCGCAGGAGCUUGGCCGCCUAAAGCAUCUCGAACAACUUGAUUUGGGCUCCAAUAGCCUAACUGGAUCCAUACCAGCCCAAAUAUUCAACAUCUCGACACUGCGACAACUGGGCCUAGAGAACAAUAGGCUUUCUGGAAGGCUUCCGUCAUCCACGGGUUGUGGUCCUUGUGGAUUGAUCAACCUUGAAUGGCUUGUUCUCUUUUGGAAUGAGUUUGAUGGAGUAACACCAGCGUCAAUCUCAAAUGCAUCUAAGCUGACUAUUUUAGAGUUGCUGGGAAAUAGAUUCAGCGGUCCAGUUCCAAACUCUCUUGGAAACCUAAGACUUCUAACAAAUUUGGAUCUCGCUCAUAAUCAUUUGACAACUGAACCUUCAUCGAGAGAAUUGAGCUUUAUCAGUUACUUAACAAAUUGUAAGUAUCUGCAAAUUUUAUAUUUUUCUGAAAAUCCGCUGCACGGUUUUCUUCCGAUGUCAGUUGGGAAUCUCUCAACUUCUAUGGAGAGAUUCUAUGCAUAUGGUUGCGGAAUCAAGGGAAGCAUUCCCGAUGGAAUUGGGAAUUUGAGCAGCCUAAUGAUUUUGGUUCUAGGAGGAAAUCACCUGAGUGGGCCGGUUCCGAGCACAAUGAAAUACUUGCAAAAUCUUCAAGGUUUGAGUUUGAGUGAUAAUCAAUUAAGUGGUUCAAUUCCAGACUGCAUUUGCAAGUUUAAGAGAUUGUACCAAAUCUAUCUGGGGCAAAACCAGUUUCGUGGGUCAAUGCCAUCAUGCUUGAAUAAUAUAAGUUCUUUGAGAGGAAUUGACUUUGCCGGGAACUUAUUAGACUCAAGCAUACCUGGUAGCUUGUGGAACCUCACUGAUCUCUUGACGUUGAACCUGUCAUAUAAUUCAUUAAGUGGCUCACUACCUUAUGAAACUGGAAAUUUGAAGGUAGUAACGCUAUUAGAUUUGUCAGGAAAUCAGCUUAAUGGGAAUAUUCCAAGUUCCUUAGGAGGCUUGCAAAGUUUAGCAACGCUUUCAUUAGCACAAAAUAAACUUCAGGGACCUAUUCCAGACUCACUCAGCCACAUGUUAAGCUUACAAUUUUUGGAUCUAUCCAAUAAUAAUCUAUCAGGUCCAAUACCAAAGUCCUUGGAGACACUUUUAUAUCUCAAACACAUUAAUCUUUCUUUCAACCGCUUAAGAGGAGAAAUUCCCUCCAGUGGUCCUUUCGAGAACUUCACAUAUGAAUCAUUCAUGUCUAAUGAUGACUUGUGUGGCGCUCAGAGGUUUCAUGUUCCUCCAUGUCCUUCUCCUCGGAUUCACAAAUCGAGUCAGAAGAAAGUAUUUCAUAUGCUAGGCAUUCUAUCAGGUAUUGCAGCAACAACAAUUGCUCUUACAACUGCUGCAAUUUUACUUUUAAGAUGCCGAAGAAAGGAUGGGAUUUCAAGAAACACUGAUUUGUUGCCCAUGGGAUUGCCAAAAAUGAUUUCAUACUAUGAACUUGUGCAAGCAACCAAUGGUUAUGAUGAAAGCAAUUUACUUGGCAAAGGGAGUUUUGGAUCUGUAUAUAAGGGUAUUUUGAUGGAUGGGACAGUUGUAGCUGUGAAAGUUUUCACUUUACUAGCAGAAGUCACUUCCGGGAGUUUUGAUACAGAGUGUGAAGUUCUACGCAACCUUCGCCAUAGAAACCUAACCAAAGUGAUUGGUAGCUGCUCUAACUUGGACUUUAAAGCCUUAGUGCUUGAUUAUAAGUCCAAUGGGAGCCUUGAGAAAUGGUUGUACUCCCACAACCAUUGCCUGGAUCUGCUGCAAAGGAUAAGCAUAAUGAUGGAUGUUGCUUCCGCAUUGGAAUAUCUCCAUUUUAGUUAUACAACACCAGUGGUUCACUGCGAUCUGAAACCUAGCAACAUAUUACUCGAUGAAAGUAUGGUUGCUCAUGUGAGUGAUUUUGGUAUGGCAAAGUUUUUGGAUGAAGAAAAUAGUGUGCUGCAUACCAAGUCACUUGCAACGCUAGGAUACUUGGCACCAGAGUGUGGACUUGAAGGGCAGGUGUCAACGAGAGUUGAUGUGUAUAGUUUUGGUAUAGUUUUGAUGGAAACCUUUUCAAGAAUGAAGCCUAGUGAUGAAAUGUUCAAAGAUGAUUUGAGCCUGAAGAGUUGGAUAGAAGAAUCUCUGCCUGAUGCAACAACUCAGGUUAUAGAUGCAAACUUACUGGGGCGGCAAGAUGAGCAUUUCAAUGAGAAAUUGGAGUGUAUUUCAGUGAUCUUCAAAUUGGCUUUGAGUUGCUGUGCUGAUUGCCCGCGAGAUCGGACUAAUAUGAAGGAUGUUGUGGCGGCGCUUCAAAAGAUAAAACGUCAACUUGAGUCUUUUCCGAAUAUCUCGGCAUGAAAGAUGAUGCCAAGAUUUGAAACAUGAAGCAAAAUAAGUUAUAUUAUCCACCUUAAGUAUGCUGAUAUGUCAAUAAUAUAUUAUUAAGAUGCCAAAGUUUUUUUGUUCUAGUCUCUAAACAUCUUGUUCUGUCAAUCUAUUUGUUUGUACCCAGUUUUAAGUUCAUUUUCUUAGUUGUCAUUUGAAAGGCAUCCAGAGGAAAAACUGCAUUUGCAUAU